ACAUGACAUUAUUUAUCAUUAAACAUCUCUCCUUCAUUCAAAGUGUGAAAAUGUUUAUAACUUUAGAGAGUCUAGCGUUAAGAUAAUUGCGCUGUGUAUUUUUUUAUUUAUAAAGCUGUGAACUGAACUUUAAUAUGAUAAUUUAUUAAGUAAAAUUAGAUUGCUUAAUUUAGUGUCUUUUACAAAAAUACCAACUUGUACUGGGUAGUAUAAAUUAAGAAUAAGUCAUUUGUGUUGUAGUUCGCAAAUUAACAUAUAUGAUUCUUUUAAAAGUUUAAAUACGAAGUAUUUACGAUUUAAAUAUAUUAAAUAUUUGUCAUUUAAAUUACAGAACAUUUUACAAAUAAAUCAAUAAUAAUACAAAGGAAUAGUUAUAUCUUGGUAUAGUUAAAAUGAAAAAUAUUAUUAACAGACAAAUCAUUUUACUAAAAGUAAUUAUUUCAAAUGCAAUCAUUAUUCAUCCUGUGGAUGAAUGUAAUUCGAAAACAGAUGAUAUAACGUUUAUUACAAUCAAUAAUUUAAAAAAACUUACAAGAGAGUAUCCUGCAUUUAUAAAAUUAACUUUACAGGAGCAUAAAUAUUACACUGAAUCCGGUGCAUCUCUUUGUCCUUUACCUUAUGAAAAAGAAAAUGUAAUAACAGAUCCUACUGUUAUAACAUUUCUUGAAUUUCAUAAUAUUAAAUUUGAUCCCAGAAAAUGUGAAAAACCUUGGACGUGGACGCAGCAUAAUGAAUGUCUUGUACCAAUAAUUUUCAGUACCACAGGAGAAAAAUUAGGAAAAAUCAUUCAACCGUGCCUUAAAGAUAAUAUCAAUAUUAUUCAGUGUUAUACUCUCUAUCUCAAUGUUAUAGAAAGCUCUAGUGUAACUUUAGUUGACAGGUUUUGUUUGUUUGUAAUUAUUGCUAUUGACAACAUUGAACAAAUCGAGAAUGAUGAAAGUUUAUUUGAUUUAAUUAGAGAUACUAGUAUUUCACUUCUUUCUAUUGAAACAACUGUAGUUAUAGAGUGGUUUAAAUUGCUAUUAGAAUAUAUGUUUAUUGCAUUUCAUCAGUAUUUUAUUUCUACACUACCUCUUGAUUGCAUUAAAAAUGUAUUGGAGAAAUACAUGCAUAAUAACCAAUCAUUCAAUAAGCCCAUUGAAAAUAAAAUUGAAUGUAGAAAACAUCUUUUAGAUUGCAUGAAAAUUACAAAAUUAAAAAAAAACUAUGUUCUUUUAACGGAUCAUGAAAACUGGAAUUGGGAUAUCAAUUCUGAAGAAAAACCUGAAUUUGAUUUAAUACUAAAAUUCAGUCAAAAAAACAAUGAUAUCGGUCUUGACCUUUUUAAGCAAAAUGUAAUAAAUAAUAAUUAUUAAUAUAAAUUACUUGUAUUGAAAAAUAAAUUUCUUGUCAUACAAAAAUUACAUUGUCAUAUUAUUGUACUUAUGUUAAAGAGUACUGCACGUUUAACUUAUUUUGUAAAAUCAUAAUUUUAAUACAAUUUAUCAAAUAAAUUUCAAUAAGUGUAAUUUU